GGAUAAAAGCGUCUGCUAAAUCUUUAUGUAUGUUUAUCUUGAGUAAGUAAAAGUGAUUUCCAUUUGGACUACUAGGCGCAUGCGUUCUGAAGAAGCAGCCAGGAAGGGGGACUCCAGUUUGGCAUUCUAGGUACCAACAUCAGUACUGCGUACGAGGGAAGCUAUCGCCCGACUUCAAAUACAUGAUCCUUGGCUAAUCCUCCAGCCUCUUGGGAACGAAGAUAAUAACCCGUGCCGGAAUUAGCUAGACACAAACACGAAAACAAAACAACGUUUAACAUAAAACAAAUUGGCUACUGUCGCUUUUCCUGAUUUACAGGUUCCUUCCUCUCUCCGGGUUCGUUGAGGAUGAGGUUCCCGACCAUCAGACGGUGUCCUGGGGAAGGAGAUGGGAAGAAGGAACUGGCGCCUCCAUUUAGGAACCCCUUUGUGCAUGACUUGAGAUUCACCCCGCUGGAAAAGGCAAAGAUAGCGUUGAUGACGGUGACUCUGUUCCCCAUCCGGUUGUUCCUGGCAGCCUUCAUGAUGCUGCUGGCCUGGCCCUUCGCCUUCAUCGCCUCUGUGGGACGCAACGAGAUGGUGGUGGAACCCCAGUCUCUAUGGAGGAAGUUUGUGGACGUGGCUCUGAGGACCAUCAGGGUCAUGUGGUUUGCAGGAGGCUUCCAUUGGAUGACGGUGAAGGGGCGCCAGGCGCUACCGGCCGAGGCCCCUAUCCUAACGCUGGGACCCCACUCCUCCUACUUCGAUGCUAUCCCCGUCACCAUGUCCAUGUCCUCCAUCGUCAUGAAGGCAGAGAGCAAGGACAUCCCUGUCUGGGGCACCCUGAUCAAGUACAUCAGACCAGUGUUUGUCUCCAGGUCAGACCAGGACUCCCGUAAGAAGACUGUUGAGGAGAUCAAACGCAGAGCCCAGUCUGGAGAAUGGCCUCAGAUAAUGAUUUUCCCAGAGGGAACGUGUACCAACAGGUCCUGUCUCAUCACGUACAAACCAGGAGCGUUCAUCCCAGCGGUGCCAGUUCAGCCUGUUGUGAUAAAAUACCCCAAUAAAAUGGACACAAUCACCUGGACGUGGCAGGGGCCUGGAGCGUUUAAGAUCCUGUGGCUCACACUCUGCCAGCUGCACAAUGAGUUCAUCAUUGAGUUCCUUCCUGUCUACACUCCAUCAGAAGAGGAGAAGAACAACCCGGCUCUGUUUGCUCACAACGUCAGGCGCCUGAUGGCCAAGGCCCUGGACAUCCCCAUUACUGACUACUCGUUUGAAGACUGUCAACUGGCCAUGGCUGAGGGUCAACUCAGACUCCCUGUUGACACCUGCCUGCUGGAGUUCGCCAAGCUGGUCCGGAGACUGGGGUUGAAGCCCCAGAACGUGGAGAAGGUACUGCAGGAGUUUGGUAACAGAGCCAGGAAGAUGGAGGGAGAGAAGCUGGGUCUGGAAGCCUUUGCCCACUACCUUGAUGUCCCUGUGUCAGACAUGCUCAGAGACAUCUUCUCCCUCUUCAACGAGGAGGAAGACAACGUGAUAGACAUCAGAGAAUAUGUCAUCGCCUUAUCGGUUGUAUGCAGACCUGCUAAAACUCUGGAGACCAUGAAACUGGCCUUCAGGAUGUUUGAGGCGGAGGAGGACGGUGCGAUCACAGUGGCUGAGUUGGCCUGCGUCCUAAAGACGGCGUUAGGAGUGGCUGACCUCGACGUCUCACGUCUCUUUGCUGCUAUCGACACAGAGGACACGGGGAAACUCACCUUUGGCAAGUUCAGGAGCUUUGCAGAGCAUCACCCAAACUUCAGUGAGGACUACCUGUCCACAGACAAUACAGGCCGUAACGGCUGUCCUCACCAGCCCAAGGCCACGCCCAACGCCAAGCCUCAGACCAACGGCUUCUGCCCUGACUUCAGCCCGCGAGACAACCACCACGACACAACGACGGACUGUUCAGUGAAGAAACACAACUGAGUCUGUUAGUCACCUCAGAAUCCACCUCUCCUGGUGAGAGAGUGGGUGGUGGGGGUUGUUGUUGUUGUUGUUGAUGGGCUAUAUGUAUGGUCAGUCAGACACACACACACACACACACACACGAGAAAUGUAACCCUUAUUAACCGUAUCCAUAAUGUUUCUACGGUUCAUUUGAUCUUGGUGAUCAAUCGUUGUUUGUUUUAGUAGAGUUUUUUUGUAUUUGUUCUGAGGAAGGAACAUUUUAAAUGCCAAAAAGAUGGCUAAUAACGAUUGAGGAGAGGUGAAGCAUGAAACACUAGAAGGGAGAUGUGACGUUUCCUCCAUGUUGGGGUCUGGGAGAGGUCGAGAGACAACACCUCAGCCAGGGAAGGGAACCUUAGUUUUGAGUGAAUUCGGUGUCUAUUUCUUUGUUUAAUCUUGUUCUUUCUGAUGGAAAGACGGCAGGUUUGACUCUGCAUGGGUGCUUUACUGUCAGCGAGCAGUAUUGAGGGACUGUGAAUGAAUAGAACAGCCUUGAAGCACCAGUGACAUUGUCUGAGCCCACUUUGGCUUUGAUUGAACUUUUGAGGUGCAAUAUGGCUGAUGUACAGAUGUAGGAUCUUAAUUUGAGCCAGUUGGCUACAGCAGGGAAAAUAAUCCUGCAGCAACAGGAAAUGUUUUAAUUAUUAUAUGGAUUAUAAUGAAUGGUAAUUUUUGGGCAGGUUAAUACAUCAAUAUAUAAAAUAAGGGAAAAUAAAGUCUGACAUUUCUAAGUGGAAAUUACAAACUUCAAAAUACAUUUUAAACCUAAAAUACACUACACAUUUUAAAUGCAGGAAAGUUCUCCUGAAACAGGGUGAUCAAAUUAAGAUCCUACACCUGUAAAAUGGGUCAGAUUUAAGGUGUGAUUAUGGCUGAUAUCAGAGGGGUCAGAUUUAAGGUGUGAUUAUGGCUGAUAUCAGAGGGGUCAGAUUUAAUAUGUGAUUAUGGCUGAUAUCAGAGGGGUCAGAUUUAAUAUGUGAUUAUGGCUGAUAUCAGAGGGGUCAGAUUUAAGGUGUGAUUAUGGCUGAUAUCAGAAAGAUGGCGGAGAUACAGAUGCUGGUUGGAAGAUGCUGGUUAAAUCUCAGGGUUCCGUAACGAGACUUAUUAAACUAUAAAGAUGUCCUUAUCGUCAUGUUACAUGGCCUCGACCACAGUCCUGGAACCAUGUUAUAACAGUGCCUUGCGAAAGUAUUCGGCCCCCUUGAACUUUGCGACCUUUUGCCACAUUUCAGGCUUCAAACAUAAAGAUAUAAAACUGUAUUUUUUUUGUGAAGAAUCAACAACAAGUGGGACACAAUCAUGA